AUCACAACUCAUGAGCAGGAACGCUUGAUGAUAUACGGGAUUGGAUGUAGCCUACUUUACGUACUUUGACCAUUUUUUUUUUAACAUCUCAAAAGAAACCUGUUUUGUCUUGAAUAUAUAACUAUGAAUUAGGUUAAAACAUGUGUCUUAAUAUAGAGUGCAGCUCUCUGGCAUUAUGGCAGAGCAAAUGUUACCUGCAAGAGAUGAAGAUUAAUUCAUUUGGAUAGAUCUAUGUCUAUAUUGCGAAGGACAGUGAGGAUCUAUCAGAAAAUGGAGACAUUUACAAUUCACGAUAUGCUCAUCAAUUCCACUGAUAUUUAUAAAAUUUUAUGUGGACUGGGAAUCGAGAAUUUGUCGGAGUGCAAAAACGAUAAUAACAGCACGUCCGAGCCAAAAGACAUGAAGCAGUCGGUGCGGAUCGUUCUGUAUGUGCUCAUCUUCCUCCUGAGCUUCAUAGGAAACAGCCUCAUCAUCACCGUUCUGGUGCGGAACCAGCGCAUGCGGACGGUAACGAACCUGUUCCUGCUGUCUCUGGCCGUCAGUGAUCUGAUGCUGUGUGUCUUCUGCAUGCCCUUCACACUCAUCCCAAACCUCAUGAAGGACUUCAUCUUCGGCACCGGCAUGUGUAAAGUGGCCACGUACUUCAUGGGUAUUUCGGUGAGCGUAUCCACAUUCAACCUCGUGGCCAUCUCUCUGGAGCGCUACAGUGCCAUCUGCAACCCCUUAAAGUCCCGCACAUGGCAGACGAAAUCCCACGCUACAAAAGUCAUCUCAGCCACUUGGGUCGUGUCUUUUCUGCUCAUGCUGCCUUAUCCGAUAGGCAGCACUCUGGUGCCCUUCACACGCAGUAACAACAGCACAGGCAACAUGUGCCGCUUGGUUUGGCCUAGUGAUGUCAUGCAGACCUGGUAUGUUUUCCUGUUGCUGAUACUCUUUCUUGUGCCUGGCAUCAUAAUGAUGACGGCUUAUGGCGUCACCUCACUCGAACUCUACAGGGGAAUCAAAUUUGAAAUGGCUAACAGGAAGUCAAACAGAGAGAAAGACACUUCCAGUCUGAAAAAUGGUGAUGGCUGCUACCUCCAACCCUCCAAGAGAAAGCGCCCUGAACCCGUGACGCCCGGCUUCAGCAAUCCAAAAUGCAAAUUGAGAAGGGUUUGCAGCAACAGCCCUACAGCAAACCUCAUGGCCAAGAAACGGGUCAUUCGCAUGCUGCUGGUGAUCGUGGGGCUGUUUUUCCUCUGCUGGACACCGAUCUUCGUUGUUAAUGCCUGGAGGGCCUUUGACAGACGUUCAGCCGAUCGUGUCCUCUCAGGAGCGCCGAUCUCCUUCAUCCACUUGCUGUCCUACACCUCGGCCUGCGUCAACCCCAUAGUCUACUGUUUUAUGAACAACCGCUUCAGACAGGGUGUGCUGGCGACGUUCGGCUGCUGUAGGGCUGACUUCGAGGAAGUGAGCAGGAGCAGCACCCGACGUAGCGCCAGAGGAGCUGGAGGGCUGAGAACGCUGUUUGGAGGAACCGGUGUGACCGGACAGGCUGAGGGUAACACACAAAGCUCGGGAACACUUACGAGGCUAACUAAUACCAGUAUCCGUGGCUCAGCACAAGCAUAACUGACACUCGUUAAACCCUGGAAUUUUCAGUAUAGGAGCCCAACAAGAAGUUUAUCUUGAGUAAAAUGUAAAGAAAAAUAUGAGAUCUGUGUCAAAAUCAAUCAAAGCUUUAGUAAAAUGGCUGCUAACGGAAGAGAGUCUCGUUGUACUGAUGAUAAAAGAGAGCACAAGCAUGCAGACAAUGGCUGCCAGUAGCACUGAAAUGCUGAUAGAAUCCAGUGCUUGAUUUUAGGACGUCACUGUUAAAUAAACAGCAGCACCAAAUGGAGCAAGACUGUGGCCUCCAGUCCUCGUUACAAAGACUAAGACAAUAAGUUUUGUCCUUUUGGCUCUAAUUUUCUGGCUCACCUAUACUGUAAAAAAUGAUAUGACCAAUAAGUUAUGACAACUUGUGUUUUUACAUUACUUUAACUCAUCAAAAUACGUUAAGCAAUUUUCAACUUUAUUUUAUAACUCAUUCUUUAAGCCAAUUUAAUUGAAGUUAAAAUGAUUUAAACAGCUAAGUUGCUUGCACUUAAAAGUUUAAGGAAAUUUAUUUGAUUUUCUUGCAUUUGACUUGAUUUGUGAGUGUAUUACCGUCAAACCAAUCGUCCAGAUGUUUUGAGAACAUUCUAAUAUUGCUUUUAACUACACUACUAUUCAGAAGAUUGGUUGAGGUUGAGAAGUCUCUUCUGCUCACCAAGGCUGCAUUUAUUCAAUCAAAAAUACAGUUAAAACUGAAAUAUUGUGAAAUAUUAACAUUUAAAAAAUGUUGAUGUGAUGGCAGUGCAUCAUUACUCCAGUCUUCAGUGUCACAUAAUUCAGAAAUCUGCAAUACUGUCUUUUAAACUGUUGUCCAAGAAAAAUUUCUUAUUAUUUAUCCAUGUUGAAAACAGAUCUGCUGCUUAUUUUUUUUUUUUUUUUUUUUUAUAAUGGUAUAAAUGUCUUAACUGUCGCAAAUGUUUGAAAUGUAGUGUAAAUAUCUGACAUCAGUUGACCUAUAUUUGAUAUUUUGUUCAUAUCUGCUUCUGUAAUACCUACACAGAUGUAAUUCUGUUUGAUAAAUGUAUGACGCAUACA